AUGGAUAUGGAUAUGGAAGAACUUUUUUCAAUAGAACAGUUGCUAGAAGAAGAACAAGAAGCUUUAUCGAGUGACUCAUCACUGUCCAGUACAUAUUCAGAGGAUGAGUAUGCUGCAGAAUGGGCAUACUCUCAUAUUUUACAGAAUCAGCAGACAACCCAACAAGGAGAGAAGAGGAGAGACCUUACCAUUGAACAGAAAAGGCAAAUAGUGGAUGUCAUUCUGUUAAAAAUGCAAGGAGGUGAUCUGCCAAGGGGUUUUUUAUCACAACAAGCAAGACAGCAUGACAUUCAUAGAUCAACAAUGUCAAGAUUGUAUGUAGACAUUAAGAAGCAAAUGGCCCAGGGGAAUAUCAUUGAUGUCAGAUCCAAAAAAUUGGGAAGGACUGGUCCAAAACCCAAAGAGUACUGUGAUGAAUGGUUGCAAUCUGUCCCAUUAUACAAAAGAACAACAGAGAGAAGCUAUGCAGGUGCACUGAAUGUUUCACAUUCAACAAUUCACAGAUUAAGGAAGAAAGGAAGACUGAGGACACACACAAGCACAAACCAUCCUGCAUUGACAUCCAAUCAUAAGGUGGCAAGGUUGAAGUGGGUAUUAAGUCACAUAAACCCAAUUCCAACUCAACGGGACCCAAAGUUUGUUGACAUGCAAGAAGUAAUUCACAUAGAUGAAAAAUGGUUCUACUUGUACCCUGAAACAGAAAAUUCUAUCUCCCUCCAAAAGAGGAAGAUCCUUACAGGUGUCAACUGUCAAAGAGGUUUAAUCAAGGCCAUGUUCAUGGAAAUGAUAGGAAAACCUAUUUAUGCAAGAGAUGGGACUCUACUGCAUGAUGGAAAGUAUGGAAUAUUUCCAUUUGUCAAAAAACAGAUGACAAAGAAAAAGAGCAAAAACAAAGAAGCUGGUACAUUGGAAACUAAGGCUGUACAGAAUGUCAACAAAGAUGAUAUAAGAGAAAUGCUAAUGGAACACAUCAUCCCAGCAAUACACCAACAAUGGCCAGAGAGUGUCCCAAAAAAUGUCAAAAUACAAUGGGACAAUGCAAGGCCUCAUCAAAUUCCAAAAGAUGAAGAAUGCAUUGCUACAUGUCAUGCUAAUGGGUUGUUCAAAGCCAUUCAGUCCCUACAAUAUCAAUCCUUCCCCACAACUUUGGAUGACUUAAUCAAAGAGGUGAUCAAUGCAUACAAUGCUUUUGAGGCUAAGGCCAACAAGUAUAUAUGGCUUACAUUACAGUCAGUCAUGAUAAAGGUCCUGGAAAAACAGGGAGGAAACAACUUCUCACCACCUCAUAUGAAGAAGAAGAAGAUUGACAAGUUAGGUGUACUUCCUAAACAUCUACAUGUUCCUAGGCAGUUGAUACAUCAAGCUGUGAAUUAUCUAGACACCAUGUUCAUUCCAACAACAAAUGCAGUAGAUGACCAACAAAUGGAAGUUGAUGCUGACUGA